UUCGGGUCGGGACAAUUCAAAAGACCAAAUCAGACCGUUGGAGCCUCCUCCCCUGCGCCCACCUCUCCUCCCCUUAUUAAAACCUCGUCAUCCACCCGAGGAGAGAGAAUCCACCACGCCACCCACGCCACCGCCGCCGCCGCCGCCGCACCGGAUCCGCCUUUCCUUGCCUUGGUUGGCCGAUCGAUCCAUGGACCGCCGGCCGCCGCUCGCCGUCUCGCCUCGUCGGCUCCGCCCGCGGCCGAGCUACGCCGCCGCCGCCCGCCCGCCCUUGGCGUCCUCCUUCCACAUCCCCUCGCCAGGAUUUAGCAAGAAAGCCCAGACUUCGAUGCGCUCGUCCAUCUGCGCUCUGCCGCCGCCGUCCUACCUCGAGACCAGCCCGCGCCCCAAGCCGGACUUCACUGUUGCGGCAAGAGCUGCGGGGAAGGAGAACCUCUGCUUCAACGACGACGACGAGGAGGCGGCGCCUUUCAACCUCGCCGACACGAGCACGGACGACUGGACAGCGGCGGUGGCGCCGACCAGCCCGCUGUUCGAGAGGGGCAGGCUCUACGACCUCUACUCCGCGCGGCGCAACGAGCGGCUCAAGCGCAAGCACGGCUGGUACGCCGCCGGCGAGGAGGAGGCGGGGGCCAUGGCCGAGGACCCUUGCGUGGCCGUGGAGCUGUCCAAGCGGCGGGGCGCCAAGAAGGCCGCGGCCCCCGAGUCCGCGGUGAGGAGGUCGAUGCCGGCAGCGACAGCAGAGUUCUCGCAGAGCCACAGGGCCGGCGGCGGCCUGAGCGCCAUGAGGUCCUCCCUGAGGAGCAGCAAGGAGAUGAAAAAGCCCUCCGCCGCGUCGUCCUGCGCCACUGCCGCCAAGCCCUCCGCGGCCAAGGGCAGGAGGGUCGGCGCGCAGUCGUCGGUUCGCAGGAUCUGAUGAUGAUCUGUGUGCUGCUGGAAAUGACAUGGUUCUUCUUCCUUGGUUCAUCGUUGGAUGGUUGGGUGUUGAUAAACAGUACUAGUGCUACUAGUGUGGAGUUUGGAACUGGUUUGGGGGCAAUAUAGCUGCGUAUUUGGUUACAUAAUUGAUAAUCCGAUUCGUUGUUUUCU